CAUCACUGUGCGUUCAAGAAAAUUUGUAGUGAUGGUUUACCGUGUUACAGUUCACUACAAACAAGCUCGCUGGCCUGGGCUAUACAUGAAUCUGGGUUGAUUUAGCGUAGUUAUAGUCCAGCAGAACACAAAGAUUCAGUGAUCUACAAUGAGCUUGUUUGGGGCAAGUUCUGGUUUUGGAGCUGGAGGUAGCAGUGUAUUUGGCAGUGCAACAACGGAUAGCCACAAUCCCAUGAAGGAUGUUGAGGUCACCUCCCCUCCUGAUGACAGCAUCAGCUGCCUGGCCUUCAGCCCUCCAGCCAUGCCUGGAAACUUUCUUAUUGGUGGCUCCUGGGCCAAUGAUGUGCGGUGCUGGGAAGUGCAGGACAAUGGGCAGACCGUCCCCAAGGCUCAGCAGAUGCACACAGGCCCUGUUUUGGAUGUCUGCUGGAGUGAUGAUGGGAGCAAGGUCUUCACAGCCUCCUGCGACAAAACUGCCAAAAUGUGGGACCUUAACAGCAACCAGACAAUGCAGAUAGCACAGCAUGAUGCACCCAUUAGGACUGUCCACUGGAUAAAAGCACCCAACUACAGCUGUGUCAUGACAGGAAGCUGGGACAAAACUCUUAAGUUCUGGGACACGCGCUCGCCGAGCCCCAUGAUGUUCUUGCAGCUGCCGGAGAGGUGCUACUGUGCUGACGUGGUGUACCCAAUGGCAGUGGUCGCUUCAGCAGAGCGUGGGCUAAUCGUGUACCAGCUGGAGAACCAGCCCUCGGAGUUCCGCAGGAUAGACUCCCCGCUCAAGCAUCAGCACCGCUGUGUGGCCAUCUUCAAGGACAAGCAGAAUAAGCCCACCGGGUUCGCCCUGGGGAGCAUCGAGGGGCGGGUGGCCAUACAUUACAUCAACCCCCCGAAUCCAGCCAAGGACAACUUCACUUUCAAGUGCCACAGGUCCAAUGGAACCAAUACAGCAACCCCACAAGAUAUUUAUGCUGUGAACGCUAUCUCGUUUCACCCCGUCCAUGGGACCCUGGCCACCGUGGGGUCGGACGGGCGCUUCAGCUUUUGGGACAAAGAUGCUCGAACCAAGCUGAAGACCUCUGAGCAGCUGGACCAGCCCAUCACUGCCUGCUGCUUCAACAAUAACGGCAACAUCUUCGCCUACGCGUCCAGCUACGACUGGUCAAAGGGACACGAGUACUACAACCCCCAGAAAAAGAACUACAUCUUCCUGCGCAAUGCAGCCGAGGAGCUGAAACCCCGCAACAAGAAAUGAUUCUUCCAGCUGUGUCACAUCUGUUCUGGGAAACCUGGGUUCGACAAGCGCGCGGAAGACCUACCUUUUUAUGUAUAUACUGCAGAGCUUCUUUUGACUCGCCAGGACCAAUGGCGGGGCAUUGCUUGUAAAUGGACCACUUGGUAAAGGUCUUAAGUCCACUGGUUUUCCCACUGGUGUGGCCUUUGGUCAUAUGAGGACUGUUAUUGUUUUUUCAUGUCUGAAGUUUUUUUGUUUGUUUUUUGCAUCCAAAAUAAAUGACAUUUACUAUGUUCUGCUGCUAUUAUGUGAUGUAGUCCUACAUAUGCAUUGUGAAUUAAAUAAAAGCAAUUGUUCCGUCCUA